AUGGAUGAUCUGACGCAAAAGAUGCAACAUGCUGUCGCGGCCCUCGGCCCCUUGAACCUCUUCGCCAUCAUGUCGGGAAUACACUCCAUGGUCUUCCAAUAUCAAAGCUUUUUCAGCGCAGGCCACCUGCUACUGCGGACCCAUAACGCCUUGAGAAUUUCAAGAACAUCUGGCAUCUGCACGAAACUACAUCAGUCGGUCGAUUACCUCCCACCACGGUAG